CGGAGGAGAAGCUGCCACAACGUUCAACGGCUAUGUGUGGCAUUUUCUUCUCUCUCGGCUCAUCCGAACCUAUAUUGCCCAACAAGGAGACCUGCAACUUAUUACGGAACCGAGGACCGGACAACUUCCAAGUCCAUCAAGUCGCACAAAAUGCCAAAUCCAGCACAGCUGGAUUAGUGGCUGUGCAUCUGACUUUUGUUUCCACAGUUUUGUCUAUGAGAGGCGACCAUGUGGUGUCCCAACCUCUAGUGGAUGCUGCGACGCAGUCCGUUCUCUGCUGGAAUGGAGACGCUUGGAAAAUAGCAGGAAAUCCCAUCCAGGGUAAUGACACUGAGCUUAUCUUCAAGCUCUUUCUGGAGGCAGUACAGCCUCGUCCAGGACAAACUGAUUCGCAAGAUGCGGUUUGUCGACUCCAGGACGUGAUAAGUAGUGUCUCUGGACCAUUUGCCUUCGUGUUCUAUGAUGCAGUAAAUUCAAGGGUUUUCUUCAGCAGAGACUGUCUAGGAAGACGUUCCUUGCUUCAAGGUGUUGAUGAAAAUGGGAAUUUUAAAUUAUGCAGUCUCUGUGACAGCAGUUCUGCCACCCAUUUGGAGGAAGUUGGGUCGGAUGGAGUGUACAUGAUUGACUUUACGCGCACUGUCCUGGAAACUCCUGAGUUGAGCGACAGCGACGUAUGUUUUAACAUUGACAGCAUACAGAUUCUUCCAUGGGGUUCUGCUUCCACAGGUCAGCUUAGAAACCCAAUCCCUCCAAUGAACAAGACAAUCCCGGAAGGGCCCCCGCCUCCAUUAACAACAGACUCUGUCUGCAUCACAACCCUCGAGCAGAAGCUCCUUCAAGCGCUCUCAUUACGGGUGGAGAAUGUCCGAGAGCCACCCAUGAUGAAACCAGAGGACAACGCGAAGAUUGCCGUUCUGUUUUCUGGCGGCCUCGACUGCACGUUGCUGGCCAGACUAUGCCACGAGAUCCUCCCAAGCAAUGCAGCGAUCGAUCUUUUGAAUGUCGCAUUCGAGAAUCCCCGUGUUGCCGCAGCCGCUGUAGCAGCAGCGAAAGGGAAAGCGCCGGCACCAGGCUCUGUGUACGAAAACUGCCCAGACCGGAUGACCGGACGCUCUGCACUUGCAGAAUUGCAAAAGGUCUGCCCAGACCGGCAAUGGCGAUUCGUGGCCAUUGACGUACCCUACGCCGAGACAGUCGCACACCGCGAGACGGUGAAACGGCUCAUGAGGCCGCACAACACCGAAAUGGAUCUGUCGAUCUCGUGCGCCCUAUACUUCGCCUCACGUGGACAAGGCACUGUGCUUGAUCACGCGGACACGACACCAGUACCGUAUACGUCACCUGCCCGGGUGCUCCUAUCCGGACUGGGGGCGGACGAGCUGUUCGCAGGGUACGGAAGACACGGCGUGGCGUUUUCACGGAGCGGGUUCGAAGGUCUCGUCGAAGAGAUCGACCUUGAUGUGAGCCGUCUCGGCAAGCGCAAUCUCGGCCGCGAUAAUCGCGUCAUCGCGCACUGGGGUCGAGAGGCGAGGUUCCCGUAUCUGGAUGAAGAGUUCGUCUCGUGGGUUGUGCAACUCCCUGUGUGGGAGAGAUGCGGCUUCGGGAUGCCUGAUACGGAGACGGACACGUCCACUGCCCUCGAUUGUGAAAAGCGGGCUCUCCGUCUGGUAGCCCAGCGACUGGGUAUGCCGCAAGUGGCACGAGAGAAGAAACGAGCCAUUCAGUUCGGGGCACGUACGGCCAAGAUGGAAAAAGGUAGAGUGAAAGGGACAGAUUCAUUGGAUUGAUCGAAAAAAAACAAAAAAAAAAGAAAAAAAGACAAUAUCCAUCCUUACAUUUCUUACUAUACCCACUGUCCACACUCCACAGUACAUCUCCACACAUUACCUCCCACACCAUACCAUACAUAAACCCAUCUCAACCCAAGCCUCCACUCCACUCGCGAUGAUGACAAAACUAGAUCAGAUACUUCUGAAUCCACCCCCCUCCAUCGCACACCUCCCUCCCUUCCCCACCUCCUCUCUCCUCUCAUCCUCCGCCACCACCACAACUCCCCCAUUCCUCACACCUCCCCUACUCAACCCACCACCCUACCAUACAUACAAUCCAACCCAAGCAGCCAAGACAACCAGCCUUUCUAUCCAAAUGGAUAAGAAAACGCUCAUUCACGCGGGUCACAAGCAAGCAACCAAGCAAGUAAGUAAGCAGCCGCCUUACUUCCAUCCACCUUCUCCCUCCCACUCUCCAACCUUGUUCCUUUCUUCCUCCCUGCAUCGUCCAUCGAAGCGGGAGGGUGAAACCAAGGCUGGACAAGGAGGAAGAAAAGGAGGUGCGAGCAAUAUAAGGAUGGUUAUCUACCUACUCGCUCGCUCGUCUCGUCUCCCACUCCACGUGUCUGAGUCUCCGGCAUGAGUCGUCAUGUUUCCUGGCUGUUUGAUGGUUUGCUUGUUUGCUAUGUGCAGGUGAUGGUUAAGGGCGGGAGAGGGCUCGGGGAAUGGGGGGAUAAGGGUGGGUCUCACGC